AUGAGCGGAAGACCAGCUACGGAGUACAGUGCCUGGAAGAAGCUCCAGCAGACGUAUGAUACCCAACAUGCAAGGCUCAUCCUGAAGGAUCUGUUCGCUCAGGACCCUAGCCGUUUCUCAAAAUUCUCCGAGGAGUAUGUCGACUCAACCGACAAGAACACAACAUUCUUGCUCGAUUACUCUAAACAACUCAUUACACAACCCAUCUUAGACACGCUCCUAUCUCUCGCUCGCGAGGCAGAGCUUGAGACCUACCGCGACAAGAUGUUUGCCGGCGAGCACAUCAACACAUCAGAAGAUCGCGCCGUCCUACACGUUGCUCUCCGCAACUUCAAUGAUUUCAAGAUCCAGGAGGGUGGUGUUGAUGAGGUCGCUGCCGUACUCGCGCACAUGAAGGAGUUCUCCGAAGCAAUCAGGAGUGGUUCAUGGAAGGGUUACACUGGAAAGACGAUUAACACGAUUGUCAACAUCGGUAUCGGUGGUUCGGAUCUCGGACCAGUUAUGGUCACCGAGGCACUCAAACCUUAUGCGAAACGUGACUUGACCGCCCACUUCGUCUCUAACAUUGACGGAACCACAUCGCUGAGACUCUCAGACUAUGUGACCCCGAGCGCACCUCUUCAUCAUCGCUUCCAAAACUUUCACCACCCAAGAGACUAUCACCAAUGCCGAAUCCGCUCGCGAUUGGUUCUUGGCAGCAGCCAAGGACAAGUCCCACGUUGCAAAGCACUUCGUCGCCCUCAGCACGAACACAGCGGCUGUCACUGCAUUUGGCAUGAUAAAGCAAACAUGUUCGCCUUCUGGGACUGGGUUGGUGGGCGCUACAGCUUGUGGAGUGCCAUCGGCUUGUCCAUCUCCAUCUAUAUUGGCUAUGAUAACUUCGAGCAGCUCCUGAAGGGUGCUCACGGUAUGGAUAAGCAUUUCAAGGAGACUCCCCUCGAGAAAAACCUUCCCGUGCUCAUGGCUGUUAUCGGUAUCUGGUACAACGAUUUCUAUGGCGCCCAGACUCAUGCACUCCUGCCCUACGACCAGUACCUACACAAAUUUGCCGAUUAUUUCCAGCAAGGAGAUAUGGAGUCUAACGGAAAGUUUGUUACCAAGGGUGGUCAACGUGUUGACUACCAGACAGGGCCUAUCAUCUGGGGUGCUGCAGGCACUAACGGACAACAUUCGUUCUAUCAACUAGUGCACCAGGGCACGAAACUCAUUCCCGCAGAUUUCAUCGCCCCUGCCACAAGUCACAACCCCAUCGCCAAUUCCAAGCACCACCGUAUUCUGCUUUCCAACUAUUUCGCCCAGCCUGAAGCGCUUGCAUUUGGUAAGACAGAGGAGGAGGUGCGCAAGGAACUUGGCAGUGGUGCAAGCGAGGCGCUAGUGAAGAGUAAGGUGUUCGAGGGAAACCGGCCUAGCAACAGCAUCUUGUUCCCGUUGAUGACACCGAGAACCCUCGGUGCGAUCAUCGCGUUGUACGAGCACAAGAUCUUCACCCAGGGUGUCAUUUGGGGCAUCAAUUCUUUCGAUCAAAUGGGUGUCGAACUCGGAAAAGUUCUUGCGAAGAACAUCUUGUCGCAGCUGAAUCACCCGUCCGAUGUGACUGGCCACGACAGUUCGGUGCGUUUAUCUCUUUACUAUGUUUCGCUUUUUGGCUGA